AUGGGUAUUAUUGACAAAAUCAAAGCCAUCGAGGAAGAAAUGGCCAGGACCCAAAAGAAUAAGGCCACAGAACACCAUCUGGGUCUUUUGAAGGGUAAACUGGCUAGAUAUAGACAACAAUUGUUGGCUGAUGAAGCUGGUAGCGGUGGUGGUGGAGGAUCUGGUUUUGAAGUGGCGAAGUCAGGCGAUGCUAGAGUUGUUUUGAUAGGUUACCCCUCUGUUGGUAAAUCUUCUCUAUUGGGUAAAAUAACUACUACUAAAUCUGAAAUUGCCCAUUAUGCAUUCACUACAUUGACAUCAGUUCCCGGUGUAUUAAAAUAUCAAGGUGCCGAAAUCCAAAUUGUAGAUCUUCCAGGUAUUAUUUAUGGUGCUUCGCAAGGUAAAGGCCGAGGUAGACAAGUUGUCGCCACUGCAAGGACUGCCGACUUAGUAUUGAUGGUCUUAGACGCUACGAAGAGUGAACAUCAGCGAGCAUCUUUAGAAAAGGAAUUAGAAAACGUAGGGAUCAGGCUUAAUAAGGAAAAACCAAAUAUCUACUAUAAAAAAAAAGAAACUGGUGGCGUCAAAGUUACAUUCACUUCCCCUCCAAAAACCAAUCUAACCGAGCAAGCAAUCAAAAUGAUAUUGAGAGAUUAUCGUAUCCAUAAUGCAGAAGUUCUAGUAAGAGAUGAUGAAUGUACAAUCGACGAUUUUAUCGACGUUAUUAACGAACAACAUAGAAAUUAUGUCAAAUGUCUUUAUGUGUAUAACAAGAUUGACGCAGUUUCAUUAGAAGAAGUGGAUAAACUUGCCAGAGAACCAAACACUGUCGUAAUGUCGUGUGAAAUGAAUCUAGGCAUACAAGAUGUUGUUGAAGAAAUUUGGUACCAGCUGAACUUGAGCCGUGUGUAUACAAAGAAGAGAGGUGUUAGACCGGUAUUUGAUGAUCCUUUGGUUGUAAGAAACAACUCCACUAUUGGUGACCUGUGUCAUGGUAUCCACAGAGAUUUCAAAGAUAAAUUCAAAUAUGCAUUGGUGUGGGGUUCUUCCGCUAAGCAUUCUCCUCAAAAGUGCGGGUUGAAUCACAGGAUUGAUGACGAAGAUGUAGUUUCUUUAUUUGCAAAAUGA